GUUCUUUUAUGAAUUUAAAAAGAAAAAUGCGGAGGGAAAAUCGUGGUUUGGAUUAAAAAAAAAAGGUUCUUCAUGCAAAUUUAUUGUGAUUUCUUCUGCAACUUGUCAAAUUGACUAGGUUUCGGAUUCAAAGAAGAAGAAAUCCGGCCACGGUGAUGGAAAGACAUGAGCUCAGGGGGGUGGGCCGAUCUCCCGAAAGAUCUACUGUCUCUAAUCGCUGAAAAACUUCAAACUCGAAUCGACAUCCUCAGCUUACGCUCCGUCUGCGCUUCAUGGCGCUCCUCCAUCCCUCCCUUUCGCGGAUCCCCUCCUUUAUCCAUCUCCUUCUUCUGCAUCAUAAGGCAAAAAGAUCCACACGAAUCCAGCCUCCUUCUGUUUCAAAGCAUAAUCUAGUCCUCUGGCUACUGACUCGAACCCGGAUAACAGCAGCAGUUGGUUGCCCAGAAACGAAGAGACAAUUUCCGAGCGUACUCGCGUUGAAAACCCGUACUGUCGAAUCGAUCUGUCAGAGCACUGCCCUUUGUAUUGGUGGUCGUAUGUCUCGAGUGGCUCUGUCGUCGAGACCCAAUUCAUCCACUGGUGAUCCCCGUCCUUUAGGUCGUUUGUGUUCUAAUCUGUUAGGAGAUGAUAACUGGUCUGUAGUUGGUAAGCACAUUCAUGAUGUUAUCCAUUUCAAUGAGAAGUUCUAUGCUGUGGAUUCAUCUAGCAGGCUUUUUGUAUGGGAAGAACUAUCUCUGCAGUUGAUUAAGGUUAUUGGACCUGCCAUGGUGGGUGAUGGAAUUUUUCAAGUGACGAACGAAGGUAAUAGGAAUAGGAUACUUGCUUAUUUUCGCCUGGUUAAGUCUUCUGGGGACCUUUUCUUGGUUUACGGUAAACCCAAUGGAAUUUCAUGUUGCAGUUAUAGCCGUGGACAUUCUUCUUCAACGUGCGAGAGGGCUGAUUUUAGGUUCUUUAAGCUGAACCAAGUGCUGCGUAUUUUUCAAGAGGUUAACAGUAUUGGUGAUCAAGUGUUCUUUCUUGGAAACGAUUGCUCAUUUUCUGUUUCCGCUAGAGAAUUAACCGGCUUAGAACCUGAUUGCCUUUAUUUUGUUAAUGACUCUGCUCCAUUCGGAAUCAACAAAUUCAAUAUAGAUUGUGAUGGGGAAAAUCUAAGCAAUAAUAAGUGGAUCGGCGUAUUUAAGUUAUCGGAAAGGAAGGGAGCACCGCUGGCAUCUUAUCCUGAGUAUUCUAAGAUAUUCUGGCCAUCUCUAUCCUGGCUACAAUCAUGUCCAUCUCCAUCGUCUUCAGAUUAAAUUUCAACUAGAUUAAAUUUCUGAUGAAAUAGUUAUAUUAAUAUACACUAAAUUGUAAGCAAGUGUUCUUAUAAGCUAGGUAUAAAUUCAAAGUUUAAAC